AUGGCUGAUAUCCAAGAAGACAGUAAGAAUUUGUCAGGGAUCAAAUUAUUUGGGAAAACAAUCGCAGUGCAAGAUAGAGAAGCAAAGGAUGAUCAUGAGCCAAAAAAGGCUGAUCAAACGGUAGAAAAAAGGCCAGACAAGAUCAUACCAUGCCCAAGAUGCAAAAGCAUGGAAACUAAGUUUUGCUACUUCAACAACUACAAUGUCAAUCAGCCAAGACACUUUUGCAAGGGCUGCCAAAGGUACUGGACAGCCGGUGGGGCUCUCCGUAACGUGCCUGUGGGUGCCGGGAGGCGGAAGAUAAAGCCUCCAUGCCGGGGACUGGCUGGGUUUUCGGACGGUUAUUUGUUUGAUGCUUCUGGAGUGCAACAGUUUGAGUUCGAUACGGUGGUGGAGUGGGACAUGGAGGAACAUGGCGGUUUCCAGCAUCUUUUUCCGGCAAAGAGGAGAAGGACCACCUCACGUAGUCAAACAUAUUGA